UUUAAGAAUUAAAAUAAAAUUAAAGUUUAAUUAAAUAAAAACAAAAGGAAAAGUGAACUUAAAUAAAAUAAACAGAAAUACAAACCAAAAGAAGUAAACAAAGCUUUUUAAUAAAAUAAAAAUAAGGGUUGUUUUUUGGCAACACAACAACAAGUGUUUGUGUGUAUAUAAAAACACAUUUGGCCCUGACCUGCCGCAUCAAGAGAAAACCAAGUGGACGGCUGCCGGAGACAGUUUGCCAACAACCAGCACCAAGGAACCAGCUCAGCAACUAAGAGGUAACAACCGGGAUUCCCGAUUUGGCCCCAAACAUUGGUCCUUCGCCCGUAGAAAAAAAAGAUUAAAAAAAAAAAUGGACUUCAACACCGAUUAUGGUUGCCCGCUUUGUAAUCGCCUUCACGCCAUACGACAGUGUUCACGUUUUAUUGUGAUGCCCGUGGAGCUAAAGCUUCGAGUUGUUGCCCAAAACUUGUUAUGUUAUAACUGCCUGGCUCAGUCGCACAGCCGAGCGAAUUGUAGAAGUAUAGAUCGGUGCCGUCGCUGUAUGCAGGACCAUAAUACUUGGUUGCACCCUUUGCCACAGGGCCGUAUUUGGUUUCCCAUGACAGCGUUGAUACGGGUAGUCACCAAUCAUGAUACUGACGUCUUCAUUAGAGCAUUAAUAGAACCAACAGCGGCCAGGUCAGCAAUCAUGAAACGUGAAGUCGAAGAAUUGGGCUUACGGAUUUCUAAAGGACGUACUGACAUCGUUGUAUACCAUCGUCGCGAGGAGAAACGUCGCAUAACGGUUGAAUGUAUUUUAGAAGACAAGAUUUACGGCCGUAGCCCUAUUGUUAAUGUGGAGCGAGCAGACAAAUAUCCACGUCCAACAACUGUAGACCGUGCCAAUGCGGACGUACACUGGCAUAUUAGUUGCCCUUACCAGCUUAUCCUAGGAGCUGAUACUAUGAGCAGAAUUCUGAUUGGACCAGCUAUGAGUCGCCCAGGACAACUAUAUGCCCAGAAUACCAUAUUCGGCAUAGCAUAUUUUGGAGAAGGUGUCAAAAGAACCUGAAGUAUAUUAUUUAUGCUAUAAUUUGUUGCCCUCAAAAGGCUUUAAAGUAUUAUUUACAUU